UUUCAGACUGAAGCGGCUGCUAGCUAAGCUGAAAAUACAGCUCCGGGAGCGAGAGUUACUAUAAGAAGCAAUUAGUAAGAAGAUUCUGCGCGAUGGACCCUAGUAUUCUUGCAGCCAUGGACAAAGAAGCACUCAAAAAGCAGAUUGAAAACAUGAAGUACCAAGCGUCAAUGGAACGCUGGCCGCUUUCAAAAAGCAUUGCUGCGAUGCGGGAGUAUGUGGAGGAGAAUGAAAAGAAUGAUCCACUCAUACACGCUCCCGACAAGAAAAAUAACCCUUGGGCCGAAAAAGGGAAGUGCAUCAUUAUGUAAUCAUACUUAUAACAUAAGUAAAAAUAUCACCAAAAUUCUAAAAUAUUCAGUUUAAGAGUAUGGCUCCGAGUCUGGUACACUCGACCGGCGAUCAACAUCAACAGAUGGUAAAGAAAACUGCCAGACAAUAUAAAGAUGUAGAAUAACCACCAGACGUAGCAAACGUUGAACGUUACAUUAAUUUCAUUAUUAUUUUGUUUACGUAGUUUUUGUUCCCAAACGAAUCUAGUCCCUUAUAAUUCUAAUGUAAAGAAUGUACAUUUAGACUGUGCGAGAAGCAAGGAUGUACUUAUGAAUGUUUUUGUUAAAAAAUAAAGUUUUAAAAAUGGUUGUAAAUACGUUAAAUUUUGUAUUUCUAGUAAUAGAAUGUUCGGACACGAUAAUAUCGGUAGGGGUUAAUGGGAAAAGUUAAAUGAAUGAGAUAAACAAAUUGUAAUGUGGAAAGUAAGCUAAUCAUAAUUGAACGUUGACAACCGAAUAUAAUUUAUUUGAAGUGAAACUUGACGAGUAUUACCUUGAAAAUUGUUUAGAAUAUUUUGUAAAGAACCCAUGCAGUUCCAUACGAAUAUAAGCAACUUCCUUUUUCAUCUGUUUGUAUGGAUUUGGGAUGGAUUCUGUAAAACCGGAGAACCGAUCGCCCGCGGCCGGUUCACAACAGACUUUGCCACAACUUUAGACGUUAAAAUUAAAGUUAAAUGUGAAGAUUCUCCGAGCUCACGAAUCUUCGUAUUUAAUAAAAUAUAAUGUUAAACUAUAGGGAUAAUCGCAAAUCACAACUUAAUACAUAUUCGCUGAAUCACGGAUUAGAGAUGUUAAAAUAUUGGCAAUAAAGGGAAUGUAGGAUGAAUAAAGUUAAAUGAUUAAAAAAAGGUAGAGAUGAUGAAAAAAAAAUGUAAAUUUAAGAGUAAUGCAACAUAAUCUUGUUUGAAACUUAAUUGUUAAGCUGGUUAGGAUACUUUUUUAUAAACACGGUACAUUCCACAGUGCCAUUGAUCUAGUUGCUUCUAGCUGUUAGCUAUCUUCUACUCUCCUGUUCUCUUAAAUAUAAUCGCUACUAAGCAAAAUCUAUCAUUAUUUUCCCGCUCUCUAACAUCUAUGAUUUCAUCCCCAACACCUAUAAACAUAUUAAAACUAAGUAUUUAAAAUCAAACUAUCAAAAUAAAAUUUAAAAAGAUCUAGCACUCAUUUAGCUUAGUAUAAUUCAAAAUUAAAACCGACGGAAUUCUACCUAAGUCAUUGAAAGUUUACUUAUAAAGCGAUACGUAGUUUCCAUGUAAAAUUCUUCUAAAUUCGUAAUCUAAGAUUUCUGCGACUGUCCCCCAAAAUUGUUUGUUGAACAAUUCCAAUUGGAGACGGAACAAUUUUGGCCGCAUCCAGUCCGAGUAGCGCUACUUAUCUUACAUUCCAAUUAAACGUAUUGAAUUAAAUCCUAAUUUUUUGAUUAAAAUAGAAAAAUUUAAACUUACGCACUGUAGAUAAUUAUAGAUUAAAAAAAUUAAAUCUAACUUUAAACUUAAAAAAAAACUCUUUAAAAAAUUUAAAAACUUCCUCUACCAUAUCUAGACACGGUGUAUGGAAAAUCAUUCUGGCUGUGAAAUGAUUCUUGAUUUAUUUAGAUGAUUCGUCGCUAGAUACACGUUCAUCUUUACUCAAAGAAAAAAAGUUACACCUACUUUAAAAUCAUGCCGAUUGUUUUUUCCAACUAUCACAGCUUUUCUCUACUACAUUGUGUACGGAACCUAUGUCAAUUCUUUAUACGUACUUUUUUUUCUAUAUCUACAUUAUCAUGGUACUCCAUUUCUGCUCCUCAUACUUCAGUUCUUACAAACAUAAGUUCAACUAUCCUUUAGGCAUAAAAAUAGUUAUUAAAAAAAAAACUUAGAAUCUUUAGUAAGUAAAGUAGAGUUAGUUAAGUAACAUGAAAAAUCAACAGUUGUUUGUUAAUCAGUAUAAUAAAAAAUGCAAUUCAGAGAUUUUAACCUUAGAUUAAUAAUAAACUGUUUAAAAUUAAAUUUAGUGAAUGAUAAGGGAACUUAUAUAAAAUGGUGGCAAAUUCUGUUCGCGGUGUUUGAUAUGUUAGCGUCGGCGAAUUUUCAAGGGAAUACUCUUUUGAUUAUUUUAUGUUUUUUUAAUAAUAAUUUUAUUUCCUUGUUAUGCUGUGUUAUUGAACCAAAGAUUUUCACGGACCUCAGUCCUGAAGUUAUUGACUUACCAACUUUCUGUCAUAAUAAAACUUAACACCGACGUAUUAGUCGUUAAAACGUCUAAAAUAUUUCACUUGACUUACCUUCUUUUGAUUUAUUAAUAAUAAGAAGUAAUAAACUGUAAUUUUUAAUGGAUUUAUCCGUUAUUAACUAGGUAAGGGUGAUAUUGGAAAUGAUUUUUUUAGAAUCAAUAGCUCUAAGGUAUCGUAUGUUAUUAUUAAUUAUGUAAUCAGUAAUCACUGAAAUAAAUGAAAAUCUGUAA